AACAGUGGUUCCAUCCUACUGUCCUCUUCCACUGCCUCUCCCCCUCCAGAGAGCACUACCAACUUUGAAAUCGUUUUCUCCAUGAAAAAGGAGGCACCUUUGAAUGAGGAUGCAGGAGGGAAAACAAGGACCUUGUGUCAACCGUAAAGCUUGAGCUUUAGUCCCACCAUUAUCCUUGCCUUUUGAUAUAUCAAGCAGCAAUGGUUCCGAGCUAUGACUAUGCUUCCUCUGCCCUCCUCUGCGUUGAGGACAACAGUUGCAUCCUGGGUUUUGAUGACGGUGAUGGUGAUAACGACGAGGACGAGGAGCAUACCCGUGGUUGUGUUUCUCAACAAAAAAGGUGCGAUUUUUAUGGGGAUUUCCCCACGGGCUUUCCCCCCCAAUCGGACGAGUGCUUGGCUUUCAUGGUCGAGAGGGAGACCGCGCAUAUGCCGAGGGAGGACUAUGCCGAGAGGCUGCGUUCCGGGUCAUUAGACUUGUCCAUUAGGAGAGAUGCCAUUGAUUGGAUAUUGAAGGUCCAUGCGCAUUAUAAUUUGGGACCAUUGAGUGCCUAUUUAUCUGUAAACUACUUGGAUCGGUUCCUGUCUACCUAUGAUCUUCCUGAAGGCAAGGCUUGGAUGACACAACUAUUAUCCGUGGCAUGCUUAUCAUUGGCUGCGAAGAUGGAGGAAACCGAUGUCCCUCUCUGCCUGGACUUGCAGGUGGGCGAGGCAAAAUAUGUAUUUGAAGCUAGGACUAUACGGAGAAUGGAGCUUCUGGUUCUGAGCACACUUAAAUGGAGGAUGCAAGCUGUGACUCCAUUCUCUUUUAUCGACUUCUUCCUGAACAAAUUCAGUGGUGGCAGUGUGCCAACUGAAGCGGCGAUCUGUCGAUCGAUGGAGCUCAUUUUGAGCACAAUUAGAGGGAGUGAUUUGCUAGAAUUCAGGCCUUCCGAAACUGCUGCAGCCAUUACAGUGUUGGUUUUGGAACAGACACAAACCAUGGAUGUUGAGAAAGCUGUGUCCGGUUGCAUCCAAGUAUCAAAGGAUCAAGUGUUGAGAUGUUAUCAAGUGAUUAUAGAUAUGGAAUUGAGGAGAAACAGGGAACUCAAAAAUGAUAGCAUAUCACUCAAAAAUGAUAGCCCCAUUGGUGUGCUGGAUGCCGCAUGCCUGAGCUAUAAAAGCGAUGAGAGAACUGCUGAAUCACAUGUAACAUGUCAUCAUAGUUCUGCUAGUAAAAGGAGGAAAAUAAGCAGGCCAUGAAUGAAAAGCUUGGUAUCUCUCAUCUGCUUGGGAGGAUUUGUCACCAUCAAACUGGUAGUUUGAUAUGGCCAUAAUCUUAGAUUAAAAAAAGAAAAAAGAAUAAUUUCUCAUAUGCCUACAAUUUGAAUGGAGCAGCCAUCAGAGAUCAGGUGGUAAACUGUAAAGAAGUAUGAUGAGGAGAAGACCAUGAAACAACUAUAUUAAGGUAAUUGUUAUUCUUCUUUCUUGGGAAAAAGAUCAAGAGAAGUGCUAUGUAGGAGAUCAGACUGAUCAGCUUGUGUCUGCCAUGCUUUUGUUUGACCACUUGUCCCCUUAGAUUCUGGACUUUGCUUCCAUCUGAUUAAAAGAAGGAAUCCACUGUUUAGUGGGUGCUUGUGGGGGAAGCCCUCUUGGAAGUUUCAGUCUCUUGUUUAAGCUUUUAGGAGCAGCUUCAAAUGAUGGAGGAAUGAUUCCCUGCUGCCUUGUUCUUCUUUGUGUCUCAGUCUGCUAAAGCAUCUUUUGUCAUCUGUAAUGAGCUGCUACUGUGAGUGCAUCCCAAGAUCUAUUCAGUGUUGUAAGAUUGAACUUGUCUGCAAGUUGAUGUUAAUUCUAAACUAAUUCUGUAGAAACACAUGCCAUGGCUUUGUGUGUGCACUGAGAUCCACCUUUACAUAUUCAUGUGCAGAUAUGGUUUCAUGUUGUUGCUAUCA